CACACCUCAUUUUCCAGCCACAACCAAGAAGCCGAAGUGGAACAACAAUGUCCACCCUCAAUCCCUACGGCAAGCUUGAUGAGGCCGAGCAACAACGCCUCGCUGCACGCAGAAGAACGCGCAGAAGAAUUGUAAUUAUCGGCCUGUCGUCCGUCGUUCUUGUUGCCAUUGUAGUUGCAACUGUGUUCGGCGUUUCUGAGAGCAAAGACAACAAAUCCGGAGACAAAACCACGUCGUCGUCAGCUUCCUCAACGAUCAGAGCUGUUUGCAACGUGACAUUGUAUCCGGAUUCAUGCUACAAUAGCCUGGCUCCCUUGGCGAAAUCUGGAAACUUUAAGCCUCAAGACUUGUACAAAUUAUCAGUUCAAGUAGCCAUUGACGAACUCUCAAUGGCCUCCAAGAAUUUCGUCGAACACGGGGUGAAGAAGCUCAACAUCACAGACCAAAAAACACUUGCGGCCAUAGACAGCUGCCAAGAACUCUUCUCUCUCGCACUGGACCACCUCAACAAUUCGUUAUCCAUAAAGACCACGAACUUGUUCGAGGCGCUUGAUGAUCUGACAACUUGGUUGAGUUCCGCGGGAACAUAUCAACAAACAUGCAUCGAUGAACUGGAAAGUGUUAGUGGAGUAUUGACUACUUUCGCGAAUGAGAAUUUCAAGAACUCGACUGCGUACACCAGCAACAGUCUAGCCAUUCUGAGUUCAUUCGAGGAGUCUAUUGGAGCACUGGGCGCCGUAGGGAGGCGGCGGUUGAUGAGUCUUGGGGGAGGAGAUGCGCCGGAGUGGGUGUCGUUCAAGGACAGAAGGCUGCUGCAGACGCCGAGUUCGAGGAUAAAGGCGGAUGCGGUGGUGGCGAAAGAUGGGAGUGGGAAGUAUAAGACGAUUAAGGCUGCUCUCAAGGCUGUCCCUGAGAAAAGCAAGAAGAGAUUCGUUAUAUACGUGAAGAAGGGUGUCUAUGUUGAGAAUGUUAGAGUUGAGAAGACGAAAUGGAAUGUGAUGAUGGUUGGUGACGGGAAGGAUGCAACCAUUGUUUCUGGCAGCCUCAACUUUGUCGAUGGAACUCCCACCUUUAAGACUGCUACAUUUGCGGUGGCUGGCCAAGGAUUCAUAGCCCGAGACAUGGGAUUCCGCAAUACAGCCGGCCCAGCCAAACACCAAGCCGUUGCUCUAAUGUCGACCGCUGAUCAUUCAGUCUUCUAUCGGUGCACCAUGGAUGCGUAUCAAGACACGCUCUAUGCCCACUCCAACCGUCAGUUCUACCGCGAGUGCAACAUUUACGGGACAGUAGACUUCAUUUUUGGAAACUCAGCUGUCGUCUUCCAGAACUGCAACAUUUUACCCAAGAAACCCAUGUUGGGCCAGCAAAACACCAUCACGGCCCAAGGGAAGAUCGACCCAAACCAAAACACAGGGAUCUCGAUCCAGAAUUGCACCAUUGGGCCAGCGGCCAAUCUCUCCGGAGUCCAGACUUUCUUGGGCCGGCCUUGGAAGAAUUACUCCACCACCGUUUUCUUUCAUAGUCAAAUGGGUAGUUUGAUUAACCCAAACGGCUGGCUUCCGUGGGUUGGAACGUCUGCCCCCAAUACGAUCUUUUAUGCUGAGUUUCAAAAUUCGGGCCCCGGGUCCGUGACCAAGAAUCGGGUCAAAUGGAAGGGCUUAAAGCUCAAUCUCAGUGCGACCCAAGUUAAGAAGUUCACAAUUGGGCCGUUCAUCAAUGGCGAUAAAUGGAUUCCGGCAACGGGUGUUAGCUACAAAUCGGGCCUUUGACAUCAAGUCCGGUUUUUUUUUUAAAUAAACAAAAUAUAAUUUUCUAAUUGUAUGAUUUAUAUCAUAUGUUUUUUUUUCUUUUUUUGGAUUUAUUUUUAUACUUUUUUCCUAUAAUUCAUUAUUUGUACUUUUAUCGAUGGAUUUAAACCAAAAUGGAAUCCAA